CGGAUUUCAUUUCAUAACUUUUUGACUCAGCUGAUCAUUUUGGACUAAUUUCAUAACAAGAACAAGAAUUCGCCGUAAAUAUCACGUUUUUAAUUCUUCUUCGACCAGCAGAGCGCAUAACCGGUGGAAAAAAAUUUUCCAUUAUUACUUCACUUGGCAUAAAUAGCGCGUAAAUAAAAAUAAAAGCAAACCUAAAAAAUGUCGUGGCUUCUCGGUCGAAAUAGAACUCAACAACCUCAGGAACCCUUAAGUGUUGAGGGUGGUGACCCCGAUGGUAAAACUGCUGGGGACCGCAGCGGAGAUGCCCAGCUGAGCAAGGCUGAGCGCAAGGCUAUGGAAGCCUAUCGUUUCGACUCUUCGGCACUGGAACGAGCUGCACAAGCUGCUAAGCAACUAGAAAGUUCAAAACAUGCCCGCGAAGCUUUGGAAUUAUCCAAAAUGCAGGAGUUGACAAGGCAGCAGGAAUACCAGCUAAAGGUCAAAGAGUAUGAAGCGCAUAUUGAGCAAGCUAAGGUCGAGCAGAAACGCAUUGACCAUGAAGAACGACGCAAAACACUUGUUGAAGAAACCAAGCAACAGCAGUUACGUGCCCAGUACCAGGAUCAACUGGCCCGAAAGCGUUACGAAGAACAGUUGGCACAGCAACAGCGCGUACAGGAGGAAAACUUAAGGAAGCAAGAAGAAAGCGUAGCUCGACAGGAAGCUAUGCGCCGUCAGACCAUUGAGCAUGAAAUUGAAAUGAAGGAAAAAAAUCGUCUCAAGUUGCUUGAACAUGAAAUGCGAGUCAAAGCGAAGGUUGAUCGCGAAAAUCGGGAUAUUAAUCUAGAACAAAUACGUUUGAAGGCACAAGAACACCGCACAACAGUGCUUGAAGGCAUACGCACUGCCGGAACAGUGGUUGGAGCCGGAGUCGAAGCCAUGCUUACCGAUUGGGACAAAGUUUUGACUGCAGCUGGAGGCUUAUCUCUGCUUGCAUUGGGUGUCUAUGCUGCGAAAGGAGCAACCGGUGUAACAUCACGUUACGUCGAAGCACGCAUCGGUAAACCCACAUUGGUUGGAGAGACAUCGCGUUUCGCAUUCCUUGAUGCUAUACAGCAUCCAAUAAAGUAUGUGCAAAAACUUCGGUCCAAACCAACGGAUGCACUGAAAGGAGUAAUAUUAAAUCCCAAGUUGGAGGAGCGCCUGCGUGAUAUUGCUAUUGCGACGAAAAAUACGCGUGUCAAUAGGGGCAUGUAUCGCAACGUAUUGAUGCAUGGUCCACCCGGCACUGGUAAAACUAUGUUCGCUAAACGUUUGGCUGCACAUUCAGGCAUGGACUAUGCCAUCAUGACCGGUGGUGAUGUUGCGCCCAUGGGCAAGGAAGGUGUUACUGCAAUACACAAAGUUUUCGAUUGGUCGCAGACAAGUCGUCGCGGUCUGUUGCUAUUCGUUGACGAAGCUGAUGCGUUUUUGCGCAAACGUUCAUCGGAACAUAUUUCCGAAGACUUGCGUGCUGCCCUCAACGCGUUCCUAUAUCGUACCUCCGAACAAAAUGAAAAAUUUAUGUUAGUUUUAGCUUCUAAUACCCCGGAGCAAUUCGAUUACGCCAUCAACGAUCGCCUAGAUGAGAUGGUUGAGUUUUCACUGCCUGGUUUGGAAGAGCGUGAGCGCUUGUUGCGACUGUAUUUCGACAAGUACGUGCUACAGCCAGCUGCCGAGGGACGCAAACGUUUCAAAUUGGAUCAAUUCGAUUACGGUUCUACUUGUACGAAAAUGGCGGACAUUUGUGAGGGCAUGUCUGGCCGUGAAAUUUCAAAAUUGGGAGUGGCCUGGCAAGCAGCAGUUUAUGCUUCCGAAGAUGGUGUAUUGACCGAGAAAAUGGUUUUGGAUCGCUGUCAUGCUGCGGCUUACCAACACAAGCAAAAGAUGGCUUGGUUGUCAGAACAGGAGCGUAGUGACCACAAAACAAUAACUGGUGGAAAAGGCACAUAAUUUCCUACGGCUAGCUGUAAACAAUUGUAUUCCUAAACAAUGCCGGCAACAACUAUAAACCCGUUUUUAUUGGACAGAAGCAUGGGAUGAGUGCAGUUGAUUGAGUGUGCUAGCAUUUUUAAAAUAUAAUUUAAAUUUUUUUUAUUAUCCAUAAAGAUACCAAAUAAGUAAAUAGAUUAACGACAGCCACUUAUCGCAAGCCCUAACUCUGUGGAACACUUGUUAAGCACAUUUUCAAAAAUUUUACUGCAUUUAAAUUUGUGCCUGAAAGUGGUGGCACAGAGCUCAUGGCAUUUGCAGUUAUGUUUCUGAGAUGCAAAACAUAUAUUCAUUACCUAAAUGCGUAUCAAGACUGAGAGAAUUUUAUAUUAAACUUCUGCUUGAGGCAUUGGGUAAGACAUAUGUAUGUACGCAUGUAUCGCUUCUUGACCUUUAAUUUUUGUUAUCUCUAUAUUGGAAUGUUGACUUUGUUUGAAAGUUAUAAAUAAGGAAAAUUUAAAUAUAUGUACACACAUAUGUAUGUAUGUACAGACAUUAAUAUAAA